AUGCGUAUUUCCACCACUCUGGCCGCCAGCGCCGUCGCCGCCGUCGCCUCGGCCGAGAACUACCUGGGCUUCAACUCGGGCAACAAGAAGGCCGACGACACGGCCAAGUUCGCCAGCGACUUCGAGGCCGAGUUCACCACCGCCCAGAACCUCAACGGCGCCCCCGGCGUCUUCAACGCCGUCCGCCUCUACACCAACAUCCAGGCCUACUCGACCGCCGACCCCAUCCAGGCCUUCGAGGCUGCCGUCAAGACCAAGACCAAGGUCCUCCUUGGCAUCUGGACCUCGGGCACCGACAGCAUCGACAAUGAGAUCAAUGCCCUCAAGGCCGGCCUCGACCAGCACGGCUCCGAGCUCGCCGACCUGAUCAUUGGUAUCUCCAUCGGUAGCGAGGACCUGUACCGCAACUCGGCCACUGGUGUUGCCAACAAGGCUGGUGUCGGUGCCGACCCCGACGUCAUUGUCAACUUCAUCAACGUCUACAAGAAGGCCUUUGCCGACUCUCUGAUUGCCAACGUCCCCGUCGGACACGUCGACACCUGGGACGUCUGGCCCAACGCCACCAACAAGGCCGUCAUUGACGCCGUCGACUGGAUCGGUGUCGAUGAGUACCCCUACUACGAGAACGGCAAGGGCAACGACAUCAAGAACGCCGGCACCCUCUUCGACAAGGCCUACGACCAGGCUGUUGCCGCUGCCGGCGACAAGCAGGUCUGGCUCACCGAGACCGGCUGGCCCUACACCGGAGAGACCUGGGACGAGGCCGUCGCCAGCGUCGAGAACGCCAAGUACUACUGGGACGAGGUCGGCUGCCGCCGUCUCUUCAACCAGGCCCCCACCUUCUGGUACAACCUCCGUGACUCCAACUCGGCCAACGAGAUGAAGUUCGCUAUCACCGACAACCUCUCGACCGAGGCCCGCUUCAACCUGACCUGCCCCACCACCUUCGACACUCCCACCUCGGCCUCGGCCUCCGCCAGCGGCUCUGCUUCCACUGCCUUCAGCUCUGCCACUGCCUCCUCUGGUAGCGCCUCGUCCACCGGCGGCGCUUCCACCACCUCGGGCAGCAGCGGAUCAUCGGGAUCCUCUGGAUCCUCUUCGUCGUCCGCCGCCGGCUCGUCCAGCACCUCCCCCGGCACCUCUGGUGCUAUCUCGGGACAGGGCUUCUCGGCCAUCUCGGCCGUCUUCGCCCUGGCUGCCGCCGUCUACAUGCUCUAA